AUGCAGGAGGAACAAACUCAGCCUCCUGGAUGUGACGCCACCUUGAUGUUCUCCUCAGAGACCCCGGUCUCGUCUGACUCUGGCUCGGACAUCAACCACAGGUCUCUGUCUCCGUGGAGCUGGAGCUCAACUACGGUCAAGAACCGGAUCCCCUCCACCCUCUGGAAGGCCGAGUGCAACAGCAACUACUGUGAAAGUCCGAACCCAGGUCUAGAGGAUUAUCACGACCUGGAAUCAAAACCCGUUUAUCAGACCAUCCUGGUUCUGAAUCGGAAGGAGGGUGAAAGGUGCUACACGGUCUCGUUCCAGUCCAUACCUGUCGGCUGUACCUGUGUCAGGCCCAAGAUUACUUCUGAGCCUAUACAGCUGUAA